AUGACCGACAGCAAUAAGAGCCAGAGCAGGAGCAACGACAAGGACAACGAUGAGGAUACGGCUGAUAAUGUGCAUGAUACGGGCAAACACAUGAUGCUGCUGAAAAAUUCGUUAAGUCAGAUGUUGGGAUUCACAGCUGGUGAAGCGAUUGCCUUGAAUCCAAAGAAUCUAAGUGGUGUACUUCACAGCAAUGACUUGGUGCUGAUUCUCUUCUAUUCAGAGCAAUGCAGAUAUAGCAUGCAAUUCAUGCCCGUCUUCGAUGCAGCUGCUGAUCAAUUGAGGGCAGAGUUUGGUGACAACGGCAAGGUCUCAUUGGCGAAGCUCGAUUGCGCAGCUUAUUCUAGUUUGGAGGAUAGAUUCAAUAUUGGUAAAUAUCCAACAAUACGGAUAUUCCGAUUUGGUCGAGUUGGAAAGAUCGAAUAUCGCGGAGAACGUACAUUGGAUGCACUUAUUCAAUUCAUUCACAAGGAACUCCGGGAUCCCAUAGAAGAGUUCUGUUCAAUGAGUGAUCUGCAGCAACAGAAAAAUCAAAAGAAUCUCGUACUUGGAUACUUUGAGAGUAGCAACCACCUGGAGUACGAAGUAUUUCGCAAGACUUCUCUUGCUCUGCGAGAUUAUCAUUGCCGUUUUUAUGUCAGUUUCGGAGAUUCUGCCAAGUCCUUGAAUCCAUCUGGUAGAAAUAAAAUUGUCUUCCAAAAGAAUUUGGCUCUCGCUGAAGAAGAGGAACUCUCUAGCGACUAUAAUGGAAGCAUGUCUGGCUUCAGUGAAAUGUACAAAUGGAUCCAUGACAAAUGUAAACCGAUUUUUCGCGAACUAACCUUCGACAAUGCCGAGGAGAUCUCUGAAGAGGGACGUCCCUGGGUGAUACUUUUCCACCAACAAAGUGAUGUGAAAUCGGGCCAUGAAUUAGAGAAGGUUAUUCGAAUGGAACUUAUGGAUGAAUUGGAUAAAGUCAACUUUGUCUCCGUCGAUGCAACGACAUUUGACUUUCUUUUUUGA